AUGCCCAAGGAAGUCAAGCAGAAGUCCGGCAUUGCCGUUGGCAUCAAUGCUGGCCACAAGGUCACCCCCCGCCAGCCGAAGCCGCGUGUUUCGCGCAUGAAGGGACACUUGAGCAAGAGGACUGCUUUUGUUCGGGAUGUCGUGAAGGAGGUUUCUGGUCUCGCCCCAUACGAGCGUCGUGUCAUCGAACUCCUCCGUAACUCCAAGGACAAGCGCGCGAGAAAGCUGGCCAAGAAGCGACUCGGUACCUUCGGCCGUGCCAAGAGAAAGGUCGACGAGAUGACCAAGGUCAUCGCUGAGAGCAGGAGAACCGUUCACUAA